AUGGAGCGUCCCCACAGGGCUGGCACGGGGAUGGGGACCAGGCACUGCAGACCCUCAGGAGGAAUGUGGGUCACGGCACUGAUCCUGCUGCUCUGCACAGAACCAGCCUCAGGUUCUACUGAAGCAUCACAAAUCGUCUACUCGGAAGUCACAGUGCCCCGGCGGCUGGAGGCGAAGGAAGGCACCUUCCCAAAGGGGCGCAGGUCCUAUCUGAUAACAGCAGAAGGACACCACCACAUUGUCCAUCUGACACAGGCAAAGAAUCUGAUAGCCAGGGAUAUCCCAGUGUUCAAGUACAGUGAGGAAGGAGACCUGAUCACUGAGUUUCCGUAUAUUCAGGACAACUGCUACUACGAGGGGAUUGUGGAAGGCUUCCCGGGAUCCAUUGUCUCCCUCAGCACGUGCUUUGGGAUGAGUGGAGUUCUGCAAAUGGGAGACCUGAGGUACGAGAUCGAGCCCCUGAAGAACUCCACAACGUUCCAACACCUCAUUUUCCGACGGGAGCUGGAAGGCAGCUCCCAUCGGCUGUGCCAAGUGUCUGAACAGCACAAGGACCAUCUGCACACGGAUGGAGAACUUGCAAAUGGGAGUCGUAAAAUCCACACUAUUGAAGUAAGGACUCAUGAUCUGCUCGUGUUGAUGUUGCACGUUCCUCCGGUGUCCGUGCCUGCAAGAUACUUGGAGCUGGCUCUGAUCACUAACAGAGAGCUGUUUAGAGUUAAGAAGAAUAAUGAAACCCUGAUGCUCCACAUGUUCGUUUCCAUAAGCAACAUCCUGAACACGGUUUACAAGCGCAUGAAGCUGCGCAUCGUCAUCAGCGCUGUGGAGAUGUGGAUCGGAUCGGACCAAGUGGCCACGUCCCGCAGCCUGGCCCGGACACUCAGGUCCUUUUCCACGUGGUCUCAGAAGCAAGCUGCUGGUCGCAUUAAUUAUGACAACCUCCAGUUCCUGCUUGGCCAGAACUACAAGGAACGGGGAUUUGCCUGGAAGGGGACAAUGUGCAAGCCGAAUUCCAUGGGUGUUGUCUCGUUCCCUGGCAAUGACACCGUCAAUGAGGUGAUGACACUCGCCCACCAGAUCGGGCACAGUUUGGGCUUUGGCCAUGACGACUCAAAAGAGUUUAAAGACAAACACUGCAGCUGCAACUGCACCCAAAGAGGAUGCAUCAUGCGAUCAAGCCCGGGAACUUGCUUGGCAUUCAGCAACUGCAGCUCAGAUCAGUAUUACAAUGAAGUGAAAAGGAGCAAUAAACCCUGUCUCCUCAACAUCCCACCCUUAAAACCAGUUCUCCUUGAACACUGUGGCAACGGCGUCUUGGAGAAAGGAGAGGAAUGUGAUUGUGGCAGCGAUGAGGAAUGCCUUCAGGAAGGAUGCUGCUCCCCCUCCAGCUGCAUGCUCAUGCCAGGGGCUUCUUGCUACAGAGGUGAAUGCUGUCACCAUUGUCAGUUUUAUCCAGCAGGAAAAAUCUGUAGAGACGAGGCGAACAUCUGUGACCUCCCCGAGUACUGCAACGGCUCCUCAGCGAUCUGCCCCUUGGAUACCUUUAAGCAAGAUGGAACCAUAUGUGGAGAAAAUGACCACUGCUACGAUGGGCACUGCCACAGCCAUGAGGCACAGUGCAAAGCUUUAUUUGGCAAAGCCGCCAAACGUGCCCCACUGAGCUGCUUCCUGGAGGUGAAUGUCCGAGGUGACCGGUGUGGGAACUGUGGCUGGAAUGGGACACACUUCACUAAAUGCCUGGAAGAGAACGUGCUGUGUGGAAGGGUGCAGUGUGUUAACAUCAAGAGGGUACCAGUCAGGGAGGAUGGUGAGACCGUGGUGCAGACCGCCAUCGACAACAUGCUCUGCUGGGGACUCGACUUCCAUCUGGAUCCAGACACUCCCGACGAGGGGGCAGUGAAAGACGGGACCUCGUGUGGUAGGAACAAGAUCUGCAUGAACAGGACGUGUGUUGGUGCAGCUUUUCUCAACAAUGAUUGUGGGGACACCAAAUGCUAUGGCAGAGGGGUGUGCAACAACAACGACAACUGUCACUGCGAUUUCGGAUGGGCCCCUCCAGACUGCCAGCUGCAAGGGUCCGGAGGCAGCAUUGACAGCGGGCCACCUCCUCCCCUGCACCGUAAGCACCGUGGGCUGGGACCUCCCUGCACAUCACGCUGCCCGUCUUAG